CGGCAGCGGGGGAGGCGGAGACGACAGGGCGCGACGCCGCCGGGUGCCCCGCCCAGGGAGGCGCCCAGGCCCUCAUCAAGUGACCACUAUCCCUUCCAGGAGAACACGGUCCUUCAGAGGGAAGCGAGCUUCAGCCUGUAGCUCCGGCGCCAAGCCGCCGUCAUCUCCUUCCUGUGCCGGGUGAUCCGGCUCCUCACCCACCCGGAAAAACAUAGUCCGCCCCUCACGUCCUUGUGAACUAACGCUGGUUUCCAAACAGUGUGACUGAACUCUCUUUGCCGGAACCCUUAUCGUUCUCAUUCCAAGCAUUCUUAGCACCCACCAAAAGGAGAAAUCAGCCCUGAAAACAAACGUUACUGGAGAAGCGACCGGCUAAGCCGAAGGAAGGUGAGGGAGCGGCAAGGCUGGCGGAGGGACACGGAGGCGGUGACGUAGUGCGCACGCGCGCCGCGAGGAACGAGUUCCGGUCUGGCCGAGGCCUGGCUCCUAAAAAUAGCCCCGGUGUGGGGAUCCGUGCGCGGAUGUCCCGGCGAGUCCCGGGCUGAAGGAGGCGGCUCCGGGUGGCGCGGAGUGCUGUGGCGGGUCCGAGCUGCGGCGUGUGCGUGCACCCGCCUGCUGCGCCGGAACAUCGAUCUUAUAGAAAAUUUCAGCUGUAGCCCUUGGACUAGAAGCUGAAAUAGUAGAAGCUGUGUACGAUGCAUUAGGGUAUUGAAGAAAAUUAAUUUUUGAAUUAAAUAUUUGGAAUAUAAGGAAGGAAAGGUGACUGAAAAUGGGGCGGAAGAAAAUACAAAUCACACGCAUAAUGGAUGAAAGGAACCGGCAGGUCACUUUUACAAAAAGAAAGUUUGGAUUGAUGAAGAAAGCCUAUGAACUCAGUGUGCUCUGUGACUGUGAAAUAGCACUCAUCAUUUUCAACAGCUCUAACAAACUGUUUCAAUAUGCCAGCACUGAUAUGGACAAAGUUCUUCUCAAGUAUACAGAAUAUAAUGAGCCUCAUGAAAGCAGAACCAACUCGGAUAUUGUUGAGACUUUAAGAAAAAAAGGCCUCAAUGGUUGUGAGAGCCCUGAUGCUGACGAUUACUUUGAGCACAGUCCACUGUCGGAGGACAGACUCAGCAAACUAAAUGAAGAUAGUGACUUUAUUUUCAAACGAGGCCCUCCUGGUUUGCCACCUCAAAACUUCUCGAUGUCUGUCACAGUCCCUGUGACCAGUCCUAAUGCUUUGUCCUACACUAACCCAGGGAGUUCACUUGUAUCGCCAUCUUUGGCAGCCAGCUCAGCGUUAGCAGAUUCAAGCAUGCUGUCUCCACCCCCAGCCACAUUGCAUAGAAAUGUGUCCCCCGGAGCUCCUCAGAGACCACCAAGUACUGGGAAUGCAAGUGGGAUGUUGAGCACGACAGACCUCACAGUGCCAAAUGGAGCUGGAAAUAGCCCCGUGGGGAAUGGAUUUGUAAACUCAAGAGCUUCUCCAAAUAUGAUUGGAAAUACUGGUGCAAAUAGUUUAGGCAAAGUCAUGCCUACAAAGUCUCCCCCUCCACCAGGUGGUGGCAAUCUCGGAAUGAACAGUCGAAAGCCAGAUCUUCGAGUUGUCAUCCCCCCUUCAAGCAAGGGCAUGAUGCCUCCACUGAAUACCCAAAGGAUAAGCACUUCUCAAGCCACUCAACCUCUCGCUACCCCAGUAGUGUCUGUGACAACCCCAAGCUUGCCUCCACAGGGACUUGUGUACUCAGCAAUGCCGACAGCCUACAACACUGAUUACUCGCUGACCAGCGCUGACCUGUCAGCCCUGCAAGGCUUCACCUCCCCAGGAAUGCUGUCUCUGGGGCAGGCUUCGGCCUGGCAGCAGCACCAUCUAGGACAAGCGGCCCUCAGCUCUCUCGUCGCUGGAGGCCAGUUAUCUCAGGGUUCGAAUUUGUCCAUUAACACCAACCAAAACAUCAACAUUAAAUCAGAACCAAUCUCACCUCCCCGGGAUCGAAUGACCCCAUCAGGCUUCCAGCAGCAGCAGCCACCGCCACCACCACCCCCGCAGCCCCAGCCUCAGCCCCGGCAGGAAAUGGGGCGCUCCCCUGUGGACAGUCUGAGCAGCUCUAGCAGCUCCUAUGAUGGCAGUGACCGGGAGGAUCCACGGGGCGACUUCCAUUCUCCCAUUGUGCUUGGCCGACCUCCAAACACUGAAGACAGAGAAAGUCCAUCUGUAAAGCGCAUGAGGAUGGACGCAUGGGUGACCUAAGGCCUCCUGGCUCGCGCUUGUGCUUUGUGUCACUGCAGUGAACUGCCCUGCAGAUCUAGAUUGGUAAAUAAGGACACGAGUUAAAUAUAUUUAUAUGUACAUGCAUACAUAUAUGUCACUGUACAUGUAUAUGUAUGUGGGUGUGAGUGUGUACGUGUGGCUGUGUGUCGCAUACACAGAAUCAGGCACUUACUGCAAACUCCCUAUAGGUCUGCAGAUGGUGUCCCGAGGCAGACAAAGCACCCUGUAGGCACAGACCAAUCUGGCACUUCCUUGGACUACUUGUUUCAUACGAUAACCAGUUUUUGCAAAGAAAUGUGUACCCAUAUAUAAUUCUCCCACACUAGCUUGCAGAAACCUAGAGGGCCCCUACUUGUUUUAUUUAACUGUGUGGUGACUGUAGUUACUUCAGAAAAAAUGCUUUGUAGAACAGAGCAGUAGAAAAGCAGGAACCAAGAAAGCAAUACUGUACAUAGGAUGUCAUUUAUAUUAAUUACCCAGCCUGGCAUGGUCUCUAUUGCAAAGGGGUGCAUGGGAAAGGGCUGUUGAUAUUAAAACACAAACAAAAAAAACAAAGGCCCCACACAUAACUGUUUUUGCACGUACAAAAAUGUAUUGGGUCAAAGAAGUGAUCUUUAGCUAAUAAAAAAGAGAGUAUAAAAUACGCAUGAGAUGUUCAGAAAAUACUAGCCUAGAAAUAUAGAGCAUUAACAAAGUAAAAUUAAUAUAUUAAGUUAUAAUUGGAAUAUGUCAGAAGUUUCUUUUUACAUUCAUAUCUUUAAAAUUAAAAUGAUUUUAGCUCAUGUAUAUUUUAUAUGAAAGAAAACACCCUUAUGAAUUGAUGACUAUAUAUAAAAUUAUAUUCACUACUUUUGAACACAUUCUGCUAUGAAUUAUUUAUAUAAGCCAAAGCUGUACGUUGUAACUUUUUUUUAGAGAAUAGCUUUAUCUUGUUUUAACUUUUUAGUUUUAUUUUCAGAGGGGAGGAAAAAAAACAAACAAAAAUAUCUUGCAAGCAGAACCUUGGAAAAAAAAAGCCAUGAACACUUAAUAUUCUAUAUGUAAAUUGAAAGUUGAGCCAAACUCUUCAUGUAUAUAGCAUCUUAAAUAUAUUAUCACCUUUGAUGUAAGUACCUAUGUAUUGUAUGGUCACCAGAUUAAAAAGUAUAUUUUUGUGGAUUGCCGCCAAUUUGGGGGGAAAGGCGAAGUCCUAACUAAGUAGAGUAUUCACUGUUUAAUAUUUACUAUUUUGUUAAAUAUACUGUACUUUGGAUUUUAAUUAUUGGCCCAGUUUUUUCAGAGGAUUGUAUAAAGGGGUCUCUCCCCUCACUGGUGGUGAAUGUGAAUGUUCCAUUGUAAUCUUUGUGCUGUAUGGGGCGAGCAUCAUUAUAUAUUUUAUAUGUGUAUAUAAAUAGCAAAGUGGCAAAAAUUGGUGUUAAGUUCAUCCUGCAUAAAUAUAAAAUGUGUUGUAACAGAUUUUAUAAGGCAUUAUUUAAAACUUGCCUUUUGUGAGGAAAAAAUAUAGUAGAAAAAGAUGACCUAAUUUAAUUAAUAUUAGAGAAAAUGGCAAAAUAGUAGAUGAGCACAAAGGUUUUAUAAGUGGUAAAUGAUUAGGGAAAAAAUAUUUGUGAGGAAAGGGAUCUUUUUUUCCUUGACCCUCUAAAAAUAGAAUGAUGUGGCUGGUUACAGAGUGCACCAUUGCACCUGCUGUGUACAUUGAAGUGGCCUCUGGUAUGGGGACCACUCUUUUAUGGUGCAGGUCCUUGGCUCCUGCCAUCCUGACCGGAAGUAGCGCCACCCUCAGCUUGGGUUUCAGUCAAGGCCUUAUUCUUACAGGAAGACAACUCACUGGUGAUAGCAAGUUCAUCCGUUCACUGGGCUUGUGCCAUGAACAAAAUUCAAAGUCCGGUAUAUCUUUUAUUAUAGAUUUUUAAAUACUCCUUUUCCUGAGAAACUCCAAAAAAAGAGUUUAAAUGCUGCUAUUUUAUAUUUUAAACUUAAUAUUGAGCAGCUACCUACAAUUUUUACUACAUUUUGUCUGCCCCCCCCCAAAAAAAUUAUGUUCCUUUUGACAUUUUCCUCAUCUGCUGUUUGUGACAAAUCGUCAGUCAGAUUUCUUGACUGACAUGUGGGUUUUAGGUACAGAAUAAGCCUGUGUUCGUCACAGGCUGCAGAAUGGAGCUUCUUUGAAGUUUUAAUGGCAGUUUGAUAAUAAGUUUCGGUAGAAGCCAAAAAAAGCAGGGAUGAUACGCAGUCUCCUCUGUUCAGUGUAGGUAUUUGGCUCUUAUUCAGAAAAGAUUCAUUUUUCUUUUUAAUUGAACUCCUUAGAGGCACAUUUCUUCAUAAGGUCACACCUAAUGGAAACAAGAGUCUCCCAACACUGAAUUUCCAAGAUAAUCCUUACCACUUUGUAAACCAUUUAUAGCUUUGAAAGUGUUAGGUGAUCCCUCGUUAUUAUUUAUGCAUGUUCAUGAACUUCUGCUGUAUAUGGGAGGAGUUAAAAAUUCACAUUUACUGUCUAUUUUCUUGUGUGCCUUAUAAGAUGGCUUUUCUGACUGUAUCUCAGUAGUCUUUCUAUGCAGGUUUAUAAUCAGUACAACUACUGUUUUUCUAAAAUAAUAUUACACAAGGCUCGGAGUUUGUAUUUAAAUUACACUAACCAAGUAACAAUGUAUUCUGUUUUCAGGAACUGAAUAUUUGACUGUUAAUCUUUUCCCAUACGCCCAUUGUGAUUUGGAGCAUGUGGACUUGACAGACAUCCUUCACCCAGACACCCACGUGCAAACACAUCCACAUCCAUAUCUCUUGGUAGAAACCACCCUAGAGUGCGGAAGAUACUAAUGGUGUGGCUUUAAAACCAACUCUUGUCCUUUCAGACUUGUGUGUUUUGUAUAAGACACCAUAGCAGGAAAAUUUUAUCCCUUCAGAUAAAAUAUUUUAUUACUAAAAAAACAAAAGCAAAAAAAGCUUACGUUGCACUGGUUAAAGGAAGUCCUCACCCGCUGUACUUCCUCCGGCACUCUUAAGUGGUUCAGCACUGAGAGUGAAAGUCACCGUUGUGUGAUCACAGGUGGUCCCAAUCAAAACUCCAUCUUUUGAGCCCUAAUUAUGUCCAUUGUGUUAUAAAACUAAAUCAGGGGUUUGUUCUCAGAGAACAGUACGUGUUUUACCAUUUCGUUUUAACUGUAAGGACGACUAAUAAUGCAUUAACCAUCCUGCACACAAGAAAUACAUAGUAAAUAAGGAACCUGAAAACUCCUGGCAUUGGAUCAUAAAAGCUAGAUAAUUAGAAUGUGAAAAAGAUUUUACAAAUGUAAAACUUUUAUUUCUCUGUAGAAACUUUCUUCACUUUGCUGUGCAAGAAGACACUGCUUUGCUAUAUUUAAAAUGGCUUUUUUAAAAGAGAUUUAUGUAUUUGGUAAAUGUUUGUAGUCAACAGUUCACACAAGAAGCUGUACACGGUUUGAUCAUGUAAAACCGUUUGGCGGCACAAGCUGGACUUUGUUGCCAUCCUUGAGAUGAACCUUUUAAGAAAAAUAAGUUAAUCUCAAUUUUUCCCUGAAUGUGUUGUUUUUUUCUUCAUUAUACAAUAAAUAUUAUAGUGAACUUUUUAUCA